GAUCCAGCUGGCAUACCACGAUAUUUUCACCUUGAUCAUGCAGAAAUCCCACUAUCACCACAUACAUUGCACACUAAAUCUCUUGCAUUAGAACAAGCUAGAUCACAUCCACCACGAAAUCCAAAAUUAAGUCCUGUAGUUACUUCACCAUCACAUUACUAA